AUGCCCUCCACCAACGCGAGCUCGAUUCGAGCCCCCUCGUCCGAUCACAUCGAUGUCUCGUUCCAGUCGAUUCAGUCCAUCCAAGGCAACUGGACCCUGCUCAGUCCAAUCACGCCCAUGACAUUAAACUUGAGCCACAAUGCCCUGCCGUCAAUUGGCAGCGGGGGAAUUCUGCGGUUGCCAUCCUCCAUAACAACGUUAGACUUGAGCUACAAUAUGCUAGAGACCUUGGACAGCGUCGACUGGGGCCACUUUGCCAACCUCUCGACUCUCAUCCUCAAGGGCAACCAGAUCCGUUCGAUGAAGGCGCCACUGUUCCCACGCUCGCUGGUUCAGUUAGAUCUAUCGGACAACCCCCUCGUGGACGUCGAGCUCAGUCGUGAUACCUACCUUCAACUGACCAACGUGACUGUCUUGAUGCGCACGACAAGGCAAGUCGGCGAUGGAACGUUCCCCAAGCGAAUUUGUCCAGGGUCUGACCUCCGUUUUCUCGGCUCGAAUUGCGUCUGCGUCGUGGCCCCACCGUCGACUCCACACCCCGUCGUCGAAUGGCUGAGCAAGUACGGCGUGCUUGUCUUGGGCGCAACAAUUGUAGUGUUCUUCGCGGUCAAGCGCGGCAACGACAUAGCCCCUGCCCAUCUCGUUCGCGACACCUUUAUGGAAUCAAGUUGCGACGAAUCGACGACCUUUCAUUUCGUCGGGAUGUCUGCAGUCACAGACUUUGCCGACAACAGGACGUCCAGUCAACCAAGUCACAGCUUGCAGUAUGUAGCAGCACCUUAA